UCAGAAGAUGUGCUUAAAUGCAAUAAAUAUUUAGGUUCAUACAGUUUGGAGUAGGAAAAUAUGCAUCCAAAUAAUUCUAUACUUGAAAUACGAAUGCUAAGUUCUACUAAGUAAAAGUUUUAUGACUGAUCACUUGACAUCACGAACAGGAGGUAGCAAUAUUCCCAUUAACAGGAGAGCCUGGAUGGAGGAGCGUCAGGAAGGAACCCGUGCAUAUUGAAUGCAAUUGUUUCCUGUUCUAAACCAUGCAUGAAGGUACCAGUGGGAGUUCUAAAGCCAUUCUUCAAAGUCUCUUGUACUAGUCCCGACCUAACACAUGCACACACUGUUAACUGUCUAAUCCCCUCACUGUGACUCUCACAUGACGAAAAAAAUCCCACGCCUGGCAGCUCGAGGCCAAACGCAGCAUGGAGACUACGCUCAGGCUCACAUGCCACUCUGCAAACAUUCCACAUCUUCUUGUUUUGUGUGGACUUUUUUGUGUGGACCAGCAGAAAGACGGUGCAAGGGAGGACUGCUUCCCGUCGUGAUGGACAACAUCAGGAGAUAUUUGGCGGUACAAAGAGUCCCUUGGCCCUGGACAAGGAGGGACCACACACCGAAUGAGUCCAGCCCACUUAUACCGAAGGGGGAGGCUGACGAGGUUGCCCACAGAAAUAGCGAACUCCACCAGUUGGGUGCAAGUGACGAAAAGGAGCCUGUAUCCAAACAAAUCCACCCCCACUACUGCAUUUAUUCUUUCACUGACUACUUCCUCAAGUACCUCCUGGUUCUAAGCAACCUAAUGUUCUCCGUUAUGGGCCUGCUUGUCCUCGGUUUGGGGAUGUGGGGCCUCAUCAGCAAAGAAUCCUUCGCUCAGGAGAGGAUCGGAAGCAUCGGCACCGACCCCAUGCUGCUGCUGGUGACUGCUGGCCUCCUGCUGACUUUGCUCUGCCUGUCAGGUUGCGUAGGAGCCUUACGGGAAAAUGACUGCCUGCUGAAGGUGUUCUCCGGAACGCUGCUGGUGCUCAUCACAGCCCAGGUGCUGGCCCUCAUCGUGGUGUAUACCGUCCAAGGGGAGAUCGGGAAUGUUCUGCGGUCAGGGAUGUUGGCUGCCAUAGCCGGCUACCAGGACGAUUUGGAUCUGAGGUUCAUCACAGAUGAGCUCCAGUCCAAUCUGCAGUGCUGUGGGGCGGACACGUACAGGGACUGGGAGAUCAACAUAUACUACAACUGCUCCGCCCCAGGAGUUCUGGCCUGCGGUGUUCCAGCCACAUGCUGCUUGGACCCACUGGAGAACGGAACCGUGUGGAACUCUCAGUGCGGCCUGGGAGCCCAAACGCUGGAUGAGUUCAGCGCUCAGAGUGUGAUCUUCCUGGGAGGGUGUCUGGGGGAAAUCUCGCGGUGGGUGCAGCAGCACCAGGGCCUGAUCGGCACCAUUGUUGCGGUUGUACUGGGGGUGCAGAUCCUGACUGUGUUUGUGACCACGCGACUCCAAGAGAGAAUUCAUUGGCAUAAAGUUAAUGCGUAAGAGGACAUGACGUACUGUAUGCAGUUUAAUCACGUAUGAUACUUGCAACAGGAAUUACAGAUCCACCACCGUUACAUUAAUGGCAAUGCUAAUGGCUUCUUUCUAAUAUGCUUAACAAAGUUACAUUGAAGCGCAUCACGUUUUCACUUCCACCAUUAUUUAAUCCUACCCCUUCUCUGUGUCUCAAGUUAACUUCCUGUGCUGAACAUGUACCAGGGAACAGGGGAGUACAGUAAAUAAUAAAUCAUGUGUUUUAAUAAAACUUAUUAUAAUUUGCAGAUAGCUGAUUCAGUAAUAAAAAAUCCAUAUUUAGUGGCUAUACUGGCUUCCUGGAAUCACUGGUGCACGGGUGUGGUAGACUGUGUUCCCAUUUAAUGCUCCAAGGUUACACCAAAAGCAUGACUAGACUAAUACAAAACAGGAACGGAUAAUGUGAUGAUGUGAUGUUGCGAGAAACAAAAAGUGGUGCAUGAGCCAAGCUAGCAAGCCAGCAAGCCAGUUGUAAAAACUGCAUGAUGUUCCACCCCGUGCCUCCCCUGCACCUGCGCUUAUAAAGAGAACACAUACUGCCACCAUGGAGACCUGAUGUAAUACAUGGAAGACAAAAACAGAUGUGGCUCCUACUCAUGUAUAAAACUGUAACAAUAGAACAGUCACAUCAAUGCAUAAAAGGAGUCACAAAACAAUGUAGUCUCUCGUCUUCCUUGUGGGUCCAACACGUGGCUCAAACGUCAGGUCGUGGUGUUUCUACUGCUUCUUGAAGCGAGAGCAGCUUGGCUAUGGUCCGCUACAAAUGCGGCCCAUAUGGUAAGUAAUCCCUUAUCCACCUCUUCCAAAACAGGUCGAAAGAUUGGCAGCAUGUGAUUUCUCCCAACAUGGCUAAGUUGUUGAUGAACAUAUUGCAGAAUGAGAAUGACAUAUUGCAAAACAUGACUACGAUGUUUUAGCUCCUCAGGUAAAGCUGACCUACUGAGUCUUCGAUCCACUCAAUAUGUCAUCCUGCAACACAGGAUCCAGCCUAUAGAUGUCACUGGUUUUCCUUGUCCCUGCUCCUCCACUCCCCAAUGAAGCGAUUUCUUCUAAGGAUGUUGCCCACUGACUGAAGCCAACGAUGACGGAUUCUGCUCUGGCGAAGUCACUCACAGAAAGUGAGUGACUUUCAACAGAAUCUCUGGCCUCUCUCAUCUCCACUUCAACCAACUGUGUGGAUGGGCCAGCAAAAGACCCAACCACAGUUCCAGCUUAAGCCUAAGCCUGAGCCUAAGAAAUGUUUUGGAGACCAGUACGAGUACAGCCGUCCCUCGCA